GAGCAUAGAGGUGCACUUAGAUGGUUCAGACAUGUCAUCGCCAGCCCUCGCACUUGCAAAGCUCCUCAUUUGAUUUAUCCUUGUAGCUCCUACGCAGCUUGUCUCUCAGGAAGCAUCGCAGAGACUCUGCAAUCAUGCCGGGCAAAAUCUCUAGAGUGAUCUCAACGAUCAAACGGAAACCCAGCACAGCUCCAGAUCGCAGGUCAGAUGAGGAAACCAAUGGCACCACGGAGAAGACUUCGGUCUUGCAUGACCUUACUCAUAACAUGAGCUUGAAGAAUGCUGCAACACUCGGGCAGGGACUUACGAGCUUGGCUUCUGGCGAGCCUAUGGACGACAAAGAACUGUUGCUCGAGAAUGGAGUAGCGAUGUUGCAGUCAUUGCCAUUGAACAGUGGGCUGUCCGCGGCAACGAGCAAUGCCUUCAUCAAAAUGUUAUGGCACGAUCUUCCUCACCCCGCGACCACGCUAGCUGGACCAACUACGAGAUAUCGCAGACACGAUGGUGGCAAUAACAACCCUUGGAAUCCUGAGAUGGGCAAAGCUGGCACUCCCUACUCCCGCAGUGUGCCCCCGAUGAAGCCAAAGGGCCCAAAUCUCCCAGACCCCGAGCUCGUCUUCGAACAGCUUCUUAAGCGAAAGGACGACAAGUUCCGCGAGCACCCUUCAGGAUUGAACAGGCUGUUUUUCUCUUUCGCCACUAUCGUUAUCCAUGAAUGUUUCCAGACCAAUCGACAAAAUCAAUGGAUCAACGAAACUUCGAGCUACGUGGAUCUGAGCACACUGUACGGAAACACGGGCGAAGAGCAGAAGAGAGUGAGGACAUGGCACAAUGGAUUGAUCACGAAUGAUGGCAUUGCGAGCGAGAGAAUUAUGCUCAUGCCACCCGGUGUGGUUGCUCUAUUGGUUAUGUUCUCACGAAACCAUAAUACGAUUGCCAAAGAUCUUCUCUCGAUCAACGAAGAGGGAAAGUACGCGGAUUGGAACAGUCUCAAGGAUGAAGGCGAAGGACAUGGUACAAAGAAAUGGCAAGACGAGGAUAUCUUUCAGCUUGCCCGAAACAUCAACGUGGGCUUCUUUGCUACUGUUGUGCUCAAGGACUACGUAGCUGCCAUCCUCAACACCCCUCGAGCCAACUCCACCUGGUCUCUGGACCUUGGCGGCGAGAUUAAGGCUGGUGGUUCUCGAGUCGAGCGAGGAACCGGUAACUCUGUCUCUGUAGAGUUUGCAGUCCUUUAUCAUUGGCACGCCGCCCUGUCUGCUGCUGACGCCCAGUGGAUGGAAGACAUCAUCAGGAAGAACUGCCCGGAGCUUGGCUCCUUGGAUGAGCUGAACGAGAAACAUUUCAUGAAGGUCAUGUAUACGGAAGGACACAGACUCAAGGACACCCCUCCGAAGGAGUGGACCUUUGGCGGCCUCCAGAGAGGGCCAGACGGCAGUUUCAACGAUGCUGAUCUCGCCGAGAUUCUCAAAGACUGCGUUGACGAGCCAGCCCACGCUUUCGGCGCCCAUGGCACUCCAGCAAGUCUGAAGAUCGUGGAUGUUAUGGGACAGCUGCAGGCCAGGAACGUGUUCAAUGUGUGCACCAUGAACGAGUUCCGAAGAUAUUUGAACUUGAAGCCAUAUGACAGCUUCAAAGAUUGGAACCCGGACAAGGAAGUGGCUCGCGCCGCAGAGCUGCUCUAUGGCCACAUCGACAACCUUGAGCUUUAUCCUGGUCUCAUGGCAGAGUGCACCAAGCCACCUAUGCCUGGUAGCGGUGUCUGUCCUGGUCAAACCACUGGUCGAGGUAUCUUGGACGAUGCUGUAGCACUCGUCCGUGGGGACCGCUUCCUUUCUUACGACCUCAACAGCACUACACUGACCAACUGGGGCCUUUCCAAGGUCGGUAUCGUGGCACCCGGCGCCUACGGUGGAAUGCUUCCCAAGCUGAUCUUCAACGGUCUUCCUGAAAGCUAUACCGGUACUUCCACCUAUGCUCUGAUGCCAUUCUAUACUCCAAAGGCUAUCAAGAAGAUCCUCGAAGACAACGGUGUCGUGAAGCAGUACGACCUCAAGCGCCCUCAGCGUGACAAUUCCAUCGUCUCUGUGCAAACACAAGCCGCUUGCAAGCAGAUAUUCGAGGAUAGGGACACGUUCAGGGUCAUGUACCAAAAGGCUGUCAAGGAUUGCACCGAUGGCCACGAAUUCUUUCUGGGCUGGGACGAGCAAGGCAAACAUGACGAACGAUCCAAUACUGUGCACAAAAUCUUCUUUGAGGACGGCUUCGAGAAGAAUGUCAUCAAGUACUUCAGCACCAACGUCGCUAAGCUGAUCAAGCAAAACACUCUGAAAUACUGCGGGACUCGACGAAAAAUCGACAUCGUCCGCGAUGUCACAAAUAUCACGCCCAUCAUGUGGCUGGCUGAGCGCUUUGCCAUCCCACUCAAGACCGAGGAACAACCUCGAGGCUUGCUUUCGCUGCCUCAGUUGUUCGACAUCUACUUGGUUCUAUUCAUCUACCAGAGCUUCAAUAUUCUGCCCGCCCACGAAUGGGAGUUGCGCGAGGGCGCGAUGAAAGGUGCUCCAGUUCUGCGAGAGAUCAUGACUGCCCACCUUAAGACCCAGCAGGGUUUCAAGGAGCACAUUGUCGACUGGCUUGCCAAGGGAUCGGCCUACGAGGUUGGCGCAGACGCUGACCGCCUCUAUAAGGCGUUCUUGAAGACCGGUCUUCCAAUUGGCGACAUUGUUGGAGACUGCAUUGGCAUUUCUGCACCCACUGCUGGCAAUAUCACCCAACAAGCCUCUCUCCUCAUCGACUUGUUCCUUAAGCCGGAAUACGAGCAAUACAAGAAGCGUCUUGUCGAGCUCGCCCACAAGGACGACGAAGCAUCAUACAAGGAGUUCCAGGGCUUCGUUUUCGAAGGCAUGAGACAUGCCGGUGUGGUGCCUGGACUUCCUCGUGUUGCCAACAAGGAUGUCACCAUCAACGAUGGCGCUCGCGGACCUGUUCACAUCCGCGCUGAGCAGACAGUCUUGAUCGGCACCUCCAAGGCCUCGAUGGACCCCGAGGCUUUCCCCAACCCUGAGAAGCUGGAUCCAUUCAGACCAUUGAGCUCGUACAUUCUUCUUGGACAUGGUCUGCACUUCUGCUUCGGCGCCCGACUUGUGGGACCUGCGCUUGUCGCAACCCUCAAGGAAGUCUUCAAGCUUAAGAACCUGCGACGUGCUCCUGGCCGCCAGGGACACUUGAACGAAGUCGUCCACGAGGUUGCCGGUGUCCCAAUGAAGUCUUACCUUGACCAGAACUCCAAGGAAAGCCCUAUCCCGACUACCAUGACCCUCGAGUACGACGAGUAGAGUGGUUGAAAAUGCAGAUCGGUCGAUACUUUUACGAUACCCAAUC